AUGGACUCGUCAAAGGAGCUGGUAGCUCUGCAGAAAUCCUAUUCUCGAGAAAGGAAACUAUGGUCACUGGAAAUGAAGAUGCGAGCUGUCAUUCGAGGGGAAUCCAUGAAGAUGCUUGGACUGCUGUUGAAACCGGAUGGAGCGCUCCUACUGCUUAGGAGAGGAUGGCUCACAGAUCCAGAAUUGACAUGCUUGCAACUCGUUUUGAGACUCUACGGAUGGGGGAAUCUGAGACUAUUGAAGAGUUCAGUGGAAAACUCAGCUCAAUUGCCAAUGAAGCACAAAACAUGGGAAGAAAUACAAAGACAAGAAGCUGGUCAAGAAACUGUUGAGAAGUCUUCCGCCAAAUUUGAGACGAAGAAAACAGCCAUGGGAACUGCUCUUGACACCGACAACAUGGACUUGGAUGAGAUUGUUGGCCAUUUACAAGCAUAUGAGAUGGAAAUUGCUCCAAUUUGGAAGAGUUCGAAAGGAAUUGCAUUUGUGGCAGAGACCGCAACGACAUUCAAGAGCUCAAGAACGAAAUGGGGUUGA